AUGAAAGCUGCUGCUCCAAGAAUUUAUAAAAUCAAUCAAGGAGAGAAAGUUGGAAUGCAGAGUUCUUCAUUCAACAAUAUUAUAUUGAAUGUUCAUCGACAUUUUCUUAUUACAUAGAAUCAAAAGGAGAGGCGACAGUAAUUGAUCCAUUUCGAGAUAUUGAAUAAUAUGUGUAAUUGUAAAUAUUAAUAAUAAGUGAAUUGGCCAAAGAUUGAAAUGCUUAAAUAAAAUGGGUGCUUGAAACUCAUUUCUAUGCAGAUUUUGUGAAUGGUCACCUUGAAUUAGCAGCAAUAACAGAAGCAACAAUAAUGUAUGGUCCAACAGCAAUAGCAGAUUUUCCAAUGAAAUAAGCCAAAAAGUGGAAAUAAUUACCAAUUGGAUCUAUAUAAAUAUGAGUGGAUCAUACUCCCAGACAUACUGUGGAAUCCAGUUGCUUUGUUUUAGUAAAUAAUAGAAAGAUCAUUCAGUAGAUACAGGAGAUACCUUUUUUUUUUUGGGAGAAGUGGGUAGACUGGAAUCAUUGAUGUAGUUAUCAAUAUUACAUUUAUGUCAGGAUUAGUUAAUUUCGUUGAUAAUGUUAUUAUUUUUCAAAGCUGAUUCAGGUAUUCUAAUAUUAUUUAAAAAUAGGAAACAUAUCUUUUUAGAGAAGAUAAUAAAACUGGUAUCAUUAAAAGAGCUAUUAAAGUUCCUUUACCUGAAAUGAAAGCCAAUCUUACAAAAUUCCUAAAGAUUAGAUCGUGCAUGUUUAUUGUAAAAAAGGAG